AUCUGGAGCUAAUGGUUUACUUUUUAAUAAACCAUUAAAGGUAAUGGAAAUAAUUCAAACAGGUUUAUCAUGUAGGCCAUUUUCUUUUGACUUGUGUCGUUCUUCACACAUGCAGGGCAGCAGAAAUAGCAGCCGGUCAUCUAGUCCUAGCGUAAGAAUGAUCACUGCUGCAGGCACGCCUUCUGAGAAAGCUACCCGCAACUAUGCAUGGACACCAGAUGAAUCAACAGAUACAAAUGGUUCCGAUAACUCUAUCCCAAUGGCAUAUCUUACCCUGGAUCACCAGUUGCAGCCAUUAGCUCCAUGUCCAAACUCCAAAGAAUCCAUGUCUGUAUUUGAGCAGCAUUGCAAAAUGGCUCAGGAAUACCUGAAAGUUCAAACUGAAAUAGCAUUGCUACUACAGAGAAAGCAAGAACUAAUAGCAGAACUGGACCAGGAUGAAAAAGAUCAACAGAAUACCUCCCGGUUGGUUCAAGAGCAUAAGAAGCUUUUGGAAGAAAACAAAAGUUUAUCCACGUACUAUCAACAAUGUAAGAAACAACUAGAAUACAUAAGAGCCCAGCAGCAAAAGCGGCAGGGGACGUCAUGAGGCAAUGGAAAGCAUGGGCCGUCAUUUCUAUGCUGUGUGCCCCAAGACUGUUGGUUACACACACAACGACUGAUUGUAUUGGAAGAUUACCUAUUAUGGAUAACUUAAUUCAGUGUUUGGGCCUCUGUGUUAUGUUCUGUAAGUGUAUUUCUGUACAUCUGACAAACUUUGAUUUUAGUUUUUUUUUAAAUAGUGUAGUAUUUAAUUUCAUUCCAUGAAUAUUUUAGUUCUAUCAUCAUUUAGAUUUGAGAUGUUUCAGAUAAAGUUGUGGCAAUAAAUUAUUUGUAUGAAACUGCAAUUCAGCUAAAAUGUUAGAAGGAAGGAAGAAAAUAUCUAAACCAAGACAAACUGAGUAUUGGGUCCCACCGAUCGCUUUUAAUGCCUGAUGUUAACUUGUGCCUUGGAGGCUAGCAGUAUUUUCCUUUGGUCAUUAGACGGUGACUACUUUUUUUUAAUGGAACCAGACCUUCAGUAAAGGUUGUUGUCCCGAGCUCAAUGCUAAUAAAAAAAAUAUAUAUUCUAUGUGCUGUACGUUUUGGAGAGUUCUGCAGUAAUACUCACUAAUAUUACUGUCGGAGGUCAUUGUAAAGUGAGUACUGUGCAUUGAGCAUAAUUAUUUCAUACCCUUCUUUGACAAGUUGCUUAUCCUGCAGCAAGAAACUUAUUUUUAAUUAAAUUUCAGAAGUUUCCAUAAAAGGUACAGCCAUUAACUGGAUAACUGUCUUCAAUUGUAGUGCCACAAUAGUAGCCUUCUUUCCUUAAAUAUGACUUCUACAUGGCACACCUCUUAAAGUUUUAAAUAUUAAAUAAAUAUAUAAUCUAUAGAAUUGGCAGUUAUACUGGAACACUGAAUUUUAAGAAAUAAAUGGCACCCAUAAAACAUAUGGGAUGAUCCAACAUGUAAUGACAGCAGCACCCAUAAAGCAUGCAUCUCAAGAAAUCAUGGGUUUGUGAUGUUUCCUGGAAGCACUAAAUCACAAUCACGCUUUUUAUCCUAUCCUAAAAAUCAGAUCUAUGGUUUUUCUGUAGAUUUAAGUAUAGAUUUGUCCAAGGCAUUCAUACAAAUUUGAUGAAACCUCAGUGUUCUGGUCUAACUAAGUUGUUUUUUUUUUUAAUUUUUUUUCUUUCCUUUAAUGUUGAUUUGGCUAUUACAAAAUAAUAAAUGCCCUUCAGAUUUUUGGGCAGAGAUAUUCUUCCAAAUAUCAAGUUUGAAACUGUCCUCUGAAAUUCAGCGGACCUGUUUGACAACAAGAAGUUGGAUAUUGCACUUUAUUUUUUUUUCUUAGCAUGGAGCAUAGAUGGGUUUAUGAGAGAUGCAGCUAGGCCGGGUGGAGUUAACAGUACUGUAAUUGUUUACAUUCUCUAAAUUAGCUUCAGCAUCAGUUCCACCAAGGAUUGGAUAAUGUGACAUAAAUGAAAUAUUGGUUGCAUUGAUAAAUGCAGUGCCAAGAUGAAUAUCAUGAUCAGAUGUUCAGUCAAGCACGCACACCCUCUCACUCAUUCUUUGGUGGGAGGUAGGUCAUUAGAGUUGUGCAAGUUACAGCCAUGAUGUCAAAGUAAGUAUUUUUGUUAGAGAUCAUAUCCUUUUUGAAGGAUGUAUAUAAGCUGGAUUAAAACAAUCAGAUAAGAACUCUGAACUGCUUGUUUUACUUGUUUGGGUCAAAAGAGAGCUCAUUAUUUUUAAAACAAAAAGACUGCUUUCACUACAGUUAAAGAAUAGUCAAACUGUUAUAGUCAUAAAUAUUCAACAAUUACCAUAAAAUUAUGCAUUGGACCCUUUUCAAGGACUACUGGAGCACAUCUACAUCAUGUUAAGAUUAGUUUACUUGUUCAGUUUAUUCCAGUAUGCUGUGAACAAACAUUCUAUGGCUCUCUCAAAAAUUUGCUUUCUAUUUUCAUGAAUGCAAGAAAUUAGUCUUUGCAGAUUUUAUACAAAAAUGUGUUCAGAUUCUGUAAAGCAACAACUGUAUAUAGGUAUAUUUAUUUGAAAGAAAGGCUUAUUUUGAAUGGUAUUUUGUAGGCCUUUUUUUUUUUGUUUUGUUUUUUCAAGGUAGGGAUGGAUUAUAGCAUAUAACAGGCUACUGAUCCUUGAGGUUAACGCCAGAGUUGAAAAACCUCACCAAAAAUGUAGUGUAGUCUGCUUAUUAUCAGGCGACUUCUACCAUCAUACAUUAGAAUUUAAAAGAUCAACCAAUCCCAUUCUAAUUUGUGUACAAUUCAGCAUGCUUUUCAAUUGCUGGUAGGCUCCCUUCCCAGUACCUUUUAGAAAUGAUAGAUUUUAGUUUCUUGCACAUCCUCCCACCUUAUCAUCCAUCUCUCUGGACACACAUUGGCAGCACAUUAAUUUAAACACGUUUCACCUAUAGAUAAAUUCUCCUGACAGCACCAUGUAGACCAGGCAUUUUCAAGAUAUGAUCCAUGGUCUGUUUGGAGUUUGCUGGUCUCAAAUUGCAUUCAGGAUGUUAUAAUUGGCUUUAUAGAUCAUAGGCAAGGGGAAGGAAUCUCUCUCUUGAAUGUGUAGUAAAGUGUCUGCUUCCAAACAUUGGUGAGAAUAGGAUUCAGCUCAACUGUGGUUUCCUCCCACAUUUGAAUUGCCUACUACUCACAACCUAAGCUUGAGCUUGAAGAAUGGCAAUGUGGAAAUUACCAGAGAACUGCUGGCAGCCAUGAAUUAGUGUCAUCAGAAAAGUUUUUUUUUUAAAUCAGAUUGGUGUAGGGAGGGGAUAGAAGUACUUCAUCAGAAAAUAGAAUUGUUGCAAAAUGGAUUGUGUAUGUAAUUGAUUAAUGAGGUGUGUGUAUUUGAAAUGUAUUUGCUGUUAUUGGACCUGAGGUGAAUCCUUGGAGGAUUAUAACAGCAUUACGAAGGAUAAUAAAGUUUAGAAGUUUUUCAUUUA